AUGAAUCCGUUGUGGAGACUUUAUAAGAGCAAAGUCAUGAAGACGCUCAACCCGGAGUAUGUGGACGACUCGGCUGAAGAGGUGAGCGAGGUGGAAGAAGACGUGAUGAGUCCAGCCCAACAAGACGAAGGCCAGAACCCAGUUUCCCAGCUGGCCCGUAAAAUGCAAGGGGCAGGGGCCAAGAGCUGGAACAGACUGUCAGCUCUCUUCAAUAAAGAUGACGAGCACCAACUACUGCAAGAGACAGAAAGUCCUCCAGUCGCUGACCAUCCACUUGCAGUAAAGCCACAGGAGCCUUCCCGACCCGCUCGGCGCAGUGGAUUCUGGGAUAGCUUCGCCGCCAACUGGGCUGCCAAGAAGCAAGCAGAGGCCGCCGUCGUUGCCCAUAAGCCGACGGAAGAAAAUGAGGGCAAGGAGGAGGAAGAAGAGGAUGCGUGUCCGGGUCAGUCCGAUUCAAUGGAAAUGGACGCCGUGGCGGAGGAGGAGGAGGAGCGGCGGGAGAGCGACGACAGCAACAGCUUCUCCAAAUACGUCACGCUGGGAGGACGAGGGCCAGGCGAGGACGCCGCCUUCAAAUGGAACUUUGUCACCAGCAAACUGGCCGAGCUCAGGAGAACCAGCCCGGCCAAGAGCAACUAAGAGAAGUUGAACAUAUCCUUUAUUAAUUCCUAUUGGGGAAAUUCAGGUAUUACAGCAGUAAAUAAAACAUACGUAUACAGUAAACCCCCACAUAUUUGCUGUU